GGGCCCGCCCCCGGCCCUCCCGCCGGAGGCCUUGAUCCCUCCCCCUGUCAAGAGCAGCGGCAGGCCCGAGCCGGGCCAGUCGGGGGGCGUCGCGAUGCUGCUGCGCCUGCUGCUGGCCUGGGCGGCCGCGGUGCCCGCGCUGGGCCAGGGCCCCUGGACGCCGGAGCCUCGAGCCGUGUGCGGCCCCAGCAGCUGCUACGCGCUCUUCCCCCAGCGCCGCACGUUCCUGGAAGCUUGGCGAGCGUGCCGCGAAUUGGGGGGCAACCUGGCCACGCCGCGGACCCCGGAGGAGGCCCGGCGUGUGGACAGCUUGGUGGGCGUCGGGCCCGCCAGUGGGCUGCUAUGGAUUGGGUUGCAGCGGCAGGCUAGGCAAUGCCAGCCGCAGCGCCCACUGCGGGGCUUCAUGUGGACCACGGGAGACCAGGACACCGCCUUCACCAACUGGGCCCAGCCGGCCACGGAAGGACCCUGUCCGGCCCAGCGCUGUGCCGCCCUUGAGGCCAGCGGAGAGCAUCGCUGGCUCGAAGGCUCGUGCACACUGGCUGUCGAUGGCUACCUCUGCCAGUUUGGUUUUGAGGGUGCCUGCCCUGCCUUGCCGCUUGAGGUGGGUCAGGCCGGUCCAGCUGUCUACACCACACCCUUCAACCUGGUUUCCAGCGAGUUCGAAUGGCUGCCCUUUGGCUCCGUGGCAGCUGUGCAGUGCCAAGCUGGCAGGGGAGCUUCUCUGCUGUGCGUGAAACAACCUUCAGGUGGCGUGGGCUGGUCCCAGGCUGGCCCACUGUGCCCGGGGACAGGCUGUGGUCCUGACAAUGGGGGUUGCGAACAUGAGUGUGUGGAAGAGCUGGAUGGCCGUGUGUCCUGCCGCUGCAGUGAAGGCUUCCGUCUAGCAGCAGACGGGCACAGCUGUGAAGACCCCUGUGCCCAGGCCCCCUGUGAGCAGCAGUGUGAGCCUGGUGGGCCACAAGGCUACAGCUGCCACUGUCGCCUCGGCUUCCGGCCAGCUGAGGAUGAGCCACAUCGCUGCGUGGACACGGAUGAGUGCCAGAUUGCUGGUGUGUGCCAACAGAUGUGUGUCAACUAUGUUGGUGGCUUCGAGUGUUACUGCAGCGAGGGUCAUGAGCUUGAGGCAGACGGGAUCAGUUGUAGUCCUGCAGGAGCCAUGGGCGCACAGGCUUCCCAGGAUCUUAGAGAUGAGUUGCUGGAUGACGGGGAAGAAGGGGAGGAUGAAGAGGAGCCCUGGGAGGACUUUGAUGGCACCUGGACAGAGGAGCAGGGGAUCCUCUGGAUGGCAUCGACACAUCCACCUGACUUCGGCCUCCCCUAUAGGCCCAACUUCCCACAGGAUGGAGAGCCUCAGAGGUUGCACCUGGAGCCUACCUGGCCACCCCCACUUAGUGCCCCCAGGGGCCCCUACCACUCCCCAGUGGUGUCGGCCACACGGCCCAUGGUGAUCUCGGCCACGAGACCCACACUGCCUUCUGCCCACAAGACCUCUGUUAUUUCAGCCACACACCCACCCCUGAGCCCUGUCCACCCACCUGCCAUGGCCCCUGCCACACCUCCAGCUGUGCUCCCCGAGCAUCAGAUCCCCAAAAUCAAGGCCAGUUAUCCAGAUCUGCCUUUUGGCCACAAGCCUGGGAUAACGUCAGCCGCUCACCCAGCACAGCCUCCUCCUUACCAGCCCCCCAUUAUCUCAACCAAGUAUCCCCAAGUCUUCCCUCCCCACCAGGCUCCUAUGUCUCCGGACACCCACACUAUCACUUAUUUGCCUCCAAUCUCAUCGCACCUUGACCCUGGGGAUACCACUUCCAAAGCCCGUCAACACCCUUUGCUCCCAGAUGUCCCAGGUAUCAGAACCCAGGCACCCCGGCUUUCUGUCUCAGCUCUCCAGCCCCCUCUGUCUACCAACUCCAGGCCUUCUGUCCAUGAAAUCCCUGUGCCUGUGCCUGCUGCCACCCAGCCUCCAGCCUUCCCUUCUCCCCUGCCCCCUCAGAGCCCCAUUAACCAGACCUCACCUAUCAGCCCUACACAGUCUUAUUCCAGAGCCCCUCUAGUCCCAAGGGAAGGAGUUCCCAGUCCCAAAUCAGUGCCACGGCUGCCCUCAGUGGCCCCCACAGCAGCUCCAACAGCCCUGGCGGAGUCGGGUCUUGCAGGCCAAAGCCAAAGGGAUGACCGCUGGCUGCUGGUGGCACUCCUGGUACCAACGUGUGUCUUCUUGGUGGUCCUGCUCGCGCUGGGCAUUGUGUACUGCACUCGCUGUGGCUCCCAUGCGCCCAACAAGCGGAUCACUGACUGCUAUCGCUGGGUCACACAUGCUGGAAACAAGAGCUCAACAGAACCCAUGCCCCCCAGAGGCAGCCUUACAGGGGUACAGACCUGUAGAACCAGUGUGUGAUGGGGUGCAGAUACCCCUUGUGGGGUAAAAGGACUUGCUUGGACACAUGGCUGAGACCACACCAAGGACUUACAGGGGCUGCCCAGAUGGACAGAGGAGGGUCUGUCCCUUGGGCCCAGCAUUCAAGGCAAAGGACACACCAAAGAACUCCAGGACCUCAAGGGGUGGGGGCCGGGAUCUUCUCCAAUAAAUGGG